GAAGGGGGCCAAGGGCCCAGAGGGUCCCGGGAAGAGCGGGGAGCCCCGGGGAGGCGUCCAGGACUGGAGGGUUAGGGGGAGGGGGCGGAGAGCCUACAGGGUCUAGGGAAAGAGAGGAGCCCUCCCGGAAAGAGAGUGUCCCGGACUCGGGAGGUCAAGGGGCGUAGGGCCGAGGGGGUGGAGCCGGGGUCUCCCGAAGGCCGGGCGGGCGGCUCCCUCCCAGCUCCCGGGCCCACACCAACGGGGAGAUGUUGCAGCCAGGUCAGUGGAAAGGCAGCGACCGGCGCGGCGGCAGAGUGGAGCGGCUUUGGAUUGGGAACAGCGCCUCAGGAUGUGGAAAGCCUCGGCCAGCCACAUUGUGUCCAUCACCCCGGACGACGGGGGAGCCGACAACUGGGAGUACCGACCCUGAUUUCGUGAGUGAUGUAAGUGAAAAAGAGCAGAGAUGGGGGGCCAAGGCCAUGCCAGGAUCUGGGCACCAGGAACACAUCAAUAUCCACAAGUUGCGGGAGAAUGUGUUUCAAGAACACCAGACCCUCAGGGAGAAAGAGCUGGAAAUGGGACCCAAAGCCUCGCACAGCUACGGAGGGACGUUUGGCGUGGAGCAGGACAGGAUGGACAAGUCAGCUGUCGGCCAUGAGUGUCAGUCAAAGCUGUCCAAGUGCUGCUUGCAGGUUGACUCCAUCUGGGGGUUUGGAGGCGAGUUUGGUGUCCAGUUGGACAGAGUGGACCAGAAACAUAUUCUAGGAAAUUAAGUAGGAGCUGGGCGAUGAUUGUUUUCUCCAGAACAGUGACAAGUGUUUGGAAACGGCCUAAGUGCUCAUCAGUGAGGGGUGAGGUGCAAUCUGUGGACACCCCACAAGGAACAGCCCUCCCCCUCCUUCCUGCCACCUUCAGCAGCCGCCGCCCCAGGACUGACUCGUCUGUGUGUGUUUCCAGUUUACCCGCACUAAUGCUACAGGUGAUUAUACAGCGUCCAGAAUACGACAAAGACAUUUUGAACUCGAUGCGAUCUUUAAUCUGUUUAAAGUUGUUGUAUGGCCCCUAAGGUAUUUUAUUACAGACUUUUUAAUUAGUGAAAAAUUCAUGAAUACCAUAGAGAAAAUGUUUUAAAAUUUCAUGUUUCUUCUAUUUAUGUAAACUUAUGACUUUAUUUAUAUACUUACUUUUUCUUGUAUAGCCAGGCUAUAUAUAUCCUUUCAGAUCAAUUCAUGUUCUGAUACCUGAUUUUAGUCUUUCAAAUGAAUGUACUGUAAUGCUUGUCUGUAUAAAUCCUAUGAACAAAUAUAGGGCUUUUGUAAAUGAUGCAUUUAUUGUAAUUAUUCUUGUUUAAUUUUUAAAUGAUAAACCAUGAGAGAAGGGGUUUUCCUGCAAUUGUAAAAUCAUCAUGACACGGUGUGCAUUAUCCUUCCAGAAUGUAACUGAGCUCUCCAACACUUACCCUGAAAUGAGCGAACUUAAUUUCAACCAAUUGUUCUAUUUUAACGACUGACCUAAACUGUACUUUUUCUAGCAAGAAAUGCUUUUUCUCUGCAGAGUGAAGCGAUUUAAAAGUACUGGGUGUUGAAUGUGAGCUUCUAGUGAAGUCUGGGCUGAAAGCAUGGCUAGAAGACGACUAUGACAAUCUCUCCCGUGACCUGGUCUCUGAGGACCCGGGUCCCUCUCUCCACUGAGACGCUUCGGGGACCAAUCGCGAUGCCCUGCACCGCUGCAGAGCUGGUGCGCUGGACGGUGAAGGAGCCACGCCCCACAGACAGACAGCGUAGAGCAGCUCUAACGAAGGCCUUAGUUUUCUUAUGUAAACCAUCUUUUUAUCUGUAAACAUGUUUAAAGAAUGGACCUAGGCGUACAUUUGUAGAUUUUGAUGACAUAGCCAUUUCGGAUUGUAUAAGCAGCAAAUGUAACUUUUACUCUUUCAGGAGCACAUUAAAAAAGCCAGCAAGAGAUGCGUUCAGAUCACAGUGCGUCAUUUAUUAUGCAGUGAUAUCUCAGUAGACAGAGACGGCACGUCUCUUUACAUGUGGGUUCCACCUUUAAUUUACUUGUACAAUUCAUUGUUACCAUUCUGUUUUUCUACUAAUCUUUGGUGAACUUCCUGAAUAUGUGACAAAGUACGUACAGUCUACUUUUGAACUAUUUUUAUCACAGUAUUAUUUAUUGCUUUCUUUCAAUAAAGUACUGAAGGAAAAUUUC